UGUGUGCUUCGAAGACUCGACGCUACACUAAACCAUCUGUCGACGAUAGUGUGUUUACACAAGGCAAAUACGCUGUCGUGCAUAUCUGUAUUUCACACUGCAUGUGCGCUGUGGACGAGUUCGUCACGGUAUGGACGUGCGUGUACGCGUGUGAGAGCGUAUUCCUAAGUGGAGUUUUAAUACAGGUCGCGUACAGACACAGUUAGUAAAGAUUUACUGUCUUCAUCAACGAAGUCGUGUUAGUGCUCACGAAACGGUUUGUCGUGGACAGGCCUUUGACAGGAGCUUUAUUCAGUGCACUGGAGCGCGAGAUUCCGGGAUCGCCUACCUACACACACAGGUGCUGGUUCAGACGAGGGCGGACAGCGCAGCCGACAACACGUAGUCGCUCGGAGAACAGGGUAUAUAGAUUGGAUAUGGAAUGAUGAUCGGUCCGGUCGAAUCAGGAAAUUUACACAGAUAAAUACCAUAUGGGAAACGGAGUAAUAUCCAGCUCGGGAAUUAUCAUUUAUUUCAUCAUGACAAGAUGACGUGAUAUUGUAAAAUCAUCAUCACUUAUUUGAUGAUAGAAUUAAACUUAGUAUAGAUUUUUUACGAUUCCAGCAUUUUAACGAGAUAAAAUCGUUUGUGUGUAUUGUUUUUGUACGUUUCAUAUACGAAGGAUAUUUUAUUUCGUACUAUGUACCUAUUUUAACUCCGACACAAGUUUUAAAAUACGGAUAACUCGAAAACAUAGGUGAAGGUCGUUCGUUACUCCAAAUGAGGAAAACGGGACUAGCCAUGUCUCGUGCUGUGUCCUUGACCUUGUGUGUUUUGGCCGGAGUGUGUACCCUGUUUCAGUUAAUCAGUUUCGCGACCCAGGGAUGGGGAAUAUGGACGGACAAAAUUACUGGGAGAAAGGUAUAUAUUGGACUUUGGUAUAGUGUGGUUUGUGACGCGCCCUCGGGCUACUGUGCAAGUAUUUCACAUCACGAAGAGCACCAGAAAAAUGUGGACAACAAUCAGCUUUUUAAAGAGCCACAGUACGCUUUACGGGUUUGGGGUCAAGUCAUCGUCACCUUCGCCGUACUUUUCUGCCUCAUUGGCUGCGCCUGUGUUACCAUGAGCUGCCGUAUGCUUCGACACAAAAGGAGACUCAACAUCGGAUCAGCGAUUGCACUGGUGUCUUCAGGUUUUCUGAUGUUGUCAGUGAUUGGUCACUGGACAGCCGACCUCAGUACGCAUGCUAGGAUCCGUCUGGACAAUUCUCGGAACAUAUACCACUUCCCUUGGUCCCUCCUCCUCGGGGGUCUAGGAGGAAUCCUCGCUCUGGCAGUCGGGGCUACCAAACUGUUGUUACUUUGUGCCGAGCUUCAACCCGGGGAGGACGGCCAGGGUGAUCAUACCUACAUCCCUAUGACGCAGCAGAACUCUGUCCCCGCCCCCGGGAUUCCAGAGGAAGGGGUGACGUACCCGGCACAGGACUCUUUCCAUAAAGAUGGAGAAUUUAAACCCACGGAUAACUACAAGGCGGAAUACCCGUCCUUAGAUAUGAGUAAGCCGCAGCUGAUCACCAAUUGUGACCAACAGAACAACCAGAAUGAUUGCAGUGUUAAAUGCAUGCUUUAAGAGAAUUUGCUGAUGUGUCCAAAAUCUUGCUAGUCUUGAUUAGUAACGUGUGCAAAUGUGCUGCUAUAAGCGUGCAAAAUAUGCAUCUGUAUCGUCUGUAUACGAUGUCGUAUACUUGGUAGAUGUGUAAAUGUCCAAAAGUGACUUGUAAAAAUAAAGGCAUACACAUAAUUAAAAGACGUGCGUCAUAAACGCUUCCUCUGUGAGUAAACAUGAGUGACGUGCGCACAUGUUCAAACGUGACGUCACCGCGGAAAUGCCCGAGAAUUCGUGUGCAAAUGCGUGCAUUGAAAAAUACAAAAACAAAAGUCAAGUCGACGGAAGUGACGUAGAACGCAGAAGUUUACAAAGAACUUCUUAGUGCUGAAAAGCUGGUAUUUGGACCUAUCUGCUGCUGAAUAAGAAUCUGAGGGAUUGUGACAAGCGGGUUUUUUCACAAACCGGUUGUGAACUGCGUAUUUUUCUUUGUCCAGAGUUCAUCGUAGAUCUUGGUCAACCAUCACAAGAGUUCCAUUCAUCUUGAUCGAGUUGUAAAAUGAUCAUAUUUGAUCUCGAGAUGUUAAAAAAUGUCUCUGAGAGUAUGAGAGUCUAUUUUUAUGUUAUAAAUGUGUAAAUGAUGACGUGAGAGUUUUAGAGUUUUACAAAAGUGCAUGUUAUGUGGUUUGAAUCAUACAAAUGUUAUCCUUUUACUUCUUAUAUAAAUAUAUAUUAUACAUUACUACUCAUAGUGCUUUGGAUCCGUACAUGACAAGCGUUUUUAAGACCGAUAUUAUCUUUAUUUGUUCCCCCUCUAAUCCAUAAGAGAGCUUUGUUUUCAAGUCCAGAUUUAGUCUCGUUCAGCCAGACUCUUGUUGUCUGCGCAAGCUUCGAGUGAUCAAGCGUCUGGUUGAACGAGACUAGUCCAGAUAAUGUAAUCAUGCGUAGCUGGCGUUGCAUUGCGAUGUAAAAUGUGCAUCGGUUAUAUUGGUGAUAUAAUACAGAUGCUUUCAUAGUGUGGUAUUUUGUUCUGCUGAUUUCAUUAAUGAACGCGUCGUGAUGCGUGUUUUAAACGUAUUACAGCUCUUUACUGUAGCGUAGAUUUGCUGCUUUGUUGCUUCUUGACUUCGUGUUGGUAAAGUAUGCUCUUCC